AUGUGGCAGAGGCAUCGGCAGACGCUUCAGCUACGAUCGAUGGAGAGGCUUGCCGAUCCCUCCUACUCUUUUCUUAGAAUGUUUAGCUACAUGGAGUUGAAGAUUGCAACUAGGAAUUUCAGGUCUAAGCUGGGGAGCGGAGGAUUCGGCACGGUGUUCAAAGGAUACCUAAUAGACGGUACACUUGUCGCCGUAAAGAAGGAGGGUUCAAGACAAGAUGAGAAACAAUUCCGAGCAGAAAUCAGUUCUCUUGGAGAAAUACAACAUAAGAAUUUGGUCAGGCUUCGAGGGUUUUGCGCAGAAGGAUCCAGAAGGUUUCUGAUUUAUGAUUACAUGCUCAACGGCUCUCUGAAUUCCUUACUCUUGUCAAGUAAUUCUAAAGGUAAACAGAAGGUACUCGACUGGAAGAACCGAUUUGAGAUCGCGUUAGGCACCGCAAGAGGAUUACUUUAUCUCCACGAAGAAUGCAGAGAUUGCAUCAUUCACUGCGAUGUGAAGCCAGAAAAUAUUCUUCUGGACAAUAACUUUUCACCCAAGUUGGCCGACUUCGGGUUGGCAAAGCUUUUGGGUAGAGAUUUCAGCCGCGUCCUGACAACAACGAGAGGAAAGAGAGGGUAUUUGGCUCCAGAGUGGAUCUCCGGUCUUCCCAUCACUCCCAAGGUUGAUGUAUACAGUUUUGGUAUGACUCUCCUGGAAAUCAUUUCCGGGCGAAGGAAUCUUGAUUUAACUGUGCAAGAUUCCAGUCAGUAUUACUUUCCAGCGUGGACUGCAGCACAAAUUUGUAAUGGGAACAUGAUUAAUAUUGUGCAGGAGGGUAUUGCAGAGGAGAGAGAUAUUGAAGAGGUGAGAAGAGCAAGUAUUGUAGGGUUGUUAUGCAUUGAAAAGGAUGAGGAGGUGAGGCCAAGCAUGGGGCAAGUGGUCCUAAUGCUGGAAGGGAAGAUGCAGCCUCAAAUUCCACAGAUCCAGCGCUCUGCGCUUAUGGACAAGCAAGGAGACCGAAGCGACACUGACAGCGGUAGUGAGAGCUGA